UCCUCGGCAUGUCUCAUGUUGACAUGCGUAAAAACUACACUUCCCCAAAGCUGUCACAGAGCGCUCCCGCCUCCCAUUGGCUGCUCGCUCCAGCCGCAGCCCCAGAGAAUGAAUGAAAUUGAAAUAGCUGCUACAUUACAUGUACAAUACUGGGCUCUGCAGUGUUGCAUUCUAUCAUACUAUAUCAAAAUGGCCACAGCGGUACAGAACCCCCUCAAAUCGCAAUCUGGAGGUGCAGUCAUCAAGAACAGUCUUGGUGAGGAGUUCUAUAAGGAGGCCAUUGAACACUGUCGCAGCUACAAUGCCCGUCUGUGCGCCGAGCGCUCCAUGCGUCUCCCCUUCCUGGACUCCCAGACCGGCGUGGCCCAGAGCAACUGUUACAUCUGGAUGGAGAAGAACCACCGUGGACCAGGUCAUGCUCCAGGUCAGUUGUACACAUAUCCCGCUCGCUGCUGGCGCAAGAAGCGACGGCUAAACAUCCUGGAGGACCCACGGCUUGUACCGAUUGAGUUCAAGAUCGACUACGAGGCUUCUCUAAAGAAAGAGGGGGGUAUCCCAGACGGUCCUGUGCUGGAGUCGCUGCUCGCCGGGGAAACCCUGGACAAGAAGGUAGAAACCAAGGAAGAAGAGCCAAUGAGCGAGUGUCAGAAGCUGCUGGUCGGGGAUUUCCCUCAUGAACUGGAGGUGGACGAGAUGGAGGAAGAUGUCCCGAAGCGCAAGAACCGUACCAAAGCACGGGCUUACGGUGUUGGGGGCAUGAGGAAGAGACAAGAGCCACCAGCCAUUGAAGAUAGAGACAAGCCUUACGUCUGUGACAUCUGUGGAAAGCGCUAUAAGAACCGCCCCGGACUGAGUUACCAUUACACUCACACACACCUGGCAGAUGAGGAGGGGGAAGAAGACUCGGAGCGACACACACUACCCUUCCAGCGCAAGAACAACCACAAGCCCAAGAAAGCACCAGAUGGCUCAGUGAUCGCCAACGGCUAUUGCGACUUCUGCCUCGGAGGCUCAAAGAAGACCGGCUGUCCUGAAGACCUUAUCUCCUGUGCGGACUGUGGACGCUCAGGCCACCCAUCCUGUCUGCAGUUCACAGUGAACAUGACGGCUGCGGUGAGGACUUAUCGCUGGCAGUGCAUCGAGUGCAAGUCCUGCAGUCUGUGUGGCACCUCUGAGAACGACGACCAGCUGUUGUUCUGUGAUGAUUGUGACAGAGGCUACCACAUGUACUGUCUGAGCCCUCCCAUGUCUGAACCACCAGAAGGGAGCUGGAGCUGUCAUCUGUGUCUGAGACAACUGAAAGAGAAGGCCUCAGCCUACAUCACCCUCACUUAAUCUGUGGAGCUGCGCCUCAUGCUCUCGGCCCUUCAUCCUCUCCCACACCACCUCUCCAUCACCCCUCUCUGUGCCUCAGCUUCCCCCCUCCUCCUCUGAUCCUCUCGCCGCCACUUCCGCUACAAUCCGUCCCAGUGACCUUUGACACGACUGAGCACACGGCACCGACAGCGCCGCACCCAUUCUUGAACGUCUGUCCAGCAGCAAGCUAACCUCCGUUUUUUUGUGUCACUCACAUUCCUUGAUGUGCUUGACUUGAACACCCCCCAUUCCUGCUCUGUCUCAACAGAGGAAUUCAUCAGCUGGCAAUAAGUUUGCUAGCGAGACACACACUCCAGCCUGCCAAGGGCACUUCAGACGCAUACUACUCCACAGGAGCCCUCUUAAGGGCCCUUGGAAGAGCCCUAAUGAUCUUCAGCUGCAACUCAGUCAAGUAGUGAGUGAGAAUUAAUAAGAUGGAUAGGUGGUAGGCCGAGGACAGGGCAUGGAAGACCCUGGAUAACCAUGGAGCAGUAUGUUUCAGUGUUAGCCAACUGUGAAAUAUACACCUAACCAAAAUUUCAUUUACUCCCUCUGUCCUUUACCGUGUACAGCAGAGCUGAGACGUUGAACUCUGCUCUGCUAUUUGUCUGCAGGGCUCGCUGCCCUGUGCAGUUUCAAAGGGGAUUGAACUGUACAGAAUUCAGACUGAUUCUCUAUCUACACACUCUUGAAAACUCCCCUCACUGGCAAACAAUGAGCAUCAGGUCAGGAACUCAGACCAUCUUUGACCUCACCGUGUCCUCUCUCCUUGCAUGUGGUUUCCACAAAUUAAUGAUGCAUUUUGGGAUUGACACUGAAGGUUUUAGGGUUUGGAUGUGAUCCUCGGAUGAGAGGAGAGAUGGAUUUUUCUCUAAUCAGCUAUCUCUGAUCAAACAAUGUAUUUAAAAAUGACAAUUUAGGCUUAGCAUCUCUCACAAAUCCUUUACCUGACCUUUAUCCGCCCUUCCCUUCUAUGAAACAAUGACUGUGAAGCCAGUGUGAGACUGAAACACUCCUGGUGCUUGGUGUGUAUUAUCUGUGUGUUAAGAAUGUAGGAUUGAUGUGUGGACAAUGCAGAUCUUUGUCUGGCCAUGCAGAGGCCUAAAAACUUCUUUUUUAUGAUUCCUUUUUUAUUUUUUUUUCAUUUGCAUGUUGUUAUUUUGAAUUGUUUUUAAAGACUUUUGAUUGAAAUUGAAAAGAAAGCACACUUAAUUCGCAAUAAUGUGUUUGUUAUAUGAACUAUUUUGGCCAAUCUGGGUGUGUUUUAAACUCUGUGUGUGCCUGUGUGUCUGUUUGUGUGAGUUUAUAUGAGCACUACAGUAAUUGUAGCUAGCUCCAUGCUAGGUGGUAUCUGUGAGAGGAUUUAAGUAGCACGAAGGUAAUGUGAAUGUAAAGAAAGUCAACGUUUUCCUCUUUAGGCAUUCUGACAGAGGUGGGACAAACUCAUUGUUUUGCAAGUCACAUAUCUCAAGUCCUGGCACUGAAGUCUUAAGUCAAGGCCAACAAGUGUUAAAGACAUAGUUUGACAUUUUGGGAAAUAGAUACAAAAAUUAAAGUGUAAAAAAGACAAGUUAUGGUUUUACAGGGGUUAUGCCAGACUAUUUCUUGGCAGUAACUACAGGAAGUCACUGUGCCCAGAAAGAAAUAGUCACGAUCUUCUCACCACAUUUAAUGCCAUUUAAAUCAUUAACUGCAUAGUGACAUCUCCAUUAUAUUUAUUCCUAAGCAUGAUACUUUUUAUGUGAGUGUCUGUGUUUUCCCCUUUCUUCUCUCACAACUUUCUGAUUUUACUACACAACAUGUAGGAGAACAACUCUUGGAUAUAUAUCACCACAACACAUUGACUGUGUUGAGGGUAAUUGAUUUUAUGUUUUGUAGAGACGCUAAGAUCUUUGUUAAUAGUUUAAAGCGAUACUCCACCCAACAUUUGUCCCUUUAGGAUCAAACACUCAACACGUUUCACCUUGAACUGUGGCUUUUAAAAGACAUUAAACCACUCGUGUAACUUAAUCCACUACUUCACUUUAUAUUUAGAUCUAAACACUCAUAGUAUCACCAAAAUAUGGCUAAGUGCACUACUUCUGUUUGACACUCGUUAACAUGUGCACACUCAAGAAACAUACUGAAGCAUUAGCUUUAAUCAAAUAAUUAUUUAUCUUUGGGCUUGGUGAGGGUACCAAAAAGCUAAAGUAGAAGAGAAGUCAAGUUACAUUAGCUUGCUAGCUUGGCAGCUCUGUUUCUUGGCAAGUGAAACAAGUUGUUUUUGUCACCUUUGUGUCCUGCAAAACAUGAGGCCACCUGUUUCGUGAGAGUGAAACAUUGGUAAGAGAAGUUGUUAAAAAAAUUCUGCUAUCUGCCAGUCUACUCUGCACGUUAGAAGCCACUAUAAUAAAUCAGUACUUGAAGACCAAGCGGAAACGUUAAGGCUCUUAAUGGGAUUAAUCUAGCCAGCCAGCAUGUGUUUUUGUGAGCUUGAGAAAAAUCUUUUUUCUUUUAACCCAAAGGCCCAUUAUGUUAUCCUCAACCAGUAUAACUGGACUUCUCAAGGCAACUUUAAUGGGCACAUUACAAGACAGCUAAAGUGCAAGUGCUUAUUUAGGAGGAUGUUUGUUAGUAUAGAGAAGGCAUCCAUCCAGUGAUCUUGAGCUUUAAGCUUGGAGACAAUAGCUGUAAAUAUGGGAUUGAAUUAAGGGCAACAAUUUGCCAUUUCAUACAGUAUUUCAUAUUCUUGUGUACAUAACAAAGUAUGAAACAGGUCAAAUUCAUUUGGUUUUGGUUUGAAUGAACAUCUCAUUUUAAUGCUGCAUCAUGUCUCUAAAAGGAAACUCACAAGAUCAGAUGGCUUGUGAGAACGUACCUGAACUGUAAUUGUGUUUGCCAUCUUAUACAGAAAGACAUUAGGUGCAAAUACUGUGCUACCCCUCAAGUCAAUGUAACUCCACUGAUGCAUGAAUGACACCUGAAACGUUUCUGAUUUCAUAUUUUGAUAUCGUCAGUAUUGUUUUUUUAAAUAAUGAUGAGAAAUAACCUUUAACUUAUGUUGAUUUCCUGUUUGUUUCCUUGUUUAGUUUUGUAAUCUGUGUCUUUUCACAUUUUGCACAGCGUGGCUGCAUUUGCUCUCCAAGUGCGUUUAUGCCUCUGUGUGUGUGUGUGUGUGUGUGUGGUUCUGAAUGUGUGUGUUUAACCACUUAUGAUUACUGGAAGGUCAGAGAAAAGCAAACCGAACCAAAAGAGUGAAUUCUAAUUAUUCUACAGACAUUUUCUUCUCAGUGGAACCACUUGCAUGGCACAGCACUGCAAGUGUCGAGUACAUAUUACAACAAAAGUGUACUUGAGUGUACACAUUUCACACAAGGCACUUGGAUAAGGAUAAAUUCUGUUUCACUCUACAGUGUUAAGUCAGUGUUAUAUUUGCCAACAAAACCAGUAGUAUCCAAUCAAAUGUUUUUUUAAUUUCCAUUAACCAAUCAGAGCUAACAUCUAGAUUUGAAGAGUGUUUGGGUGGAAAUAGUUUGAUGAUGAAAUGGGUAUUGAUGAUGAUCGUUAGAUUAAAUAUAUUGGAAAUGUUUGUGUGGUGGAUGGACGAUGAUGAUGAUGUCGAUGGUGACUGAAAAGCCUUUGUAAUGGGAGCUUUCCUGGCACUUAGUAAGAGAAGCAUGGUGGAGUCAAACAAAUUUUGAUUGUACUAUCUGGGGAGGGUUGGGGUUUUGGAAGGGUGUCAGUGUGAUUAUUUAAUGAAACUUGAGCCUUCCCUUUGUACAAAUGGACAAACCAAGGUGGUGGUGAUAAUGGGGUGGUGGGGUCAAACAAGUUGAUGCCAUUACCCCCAUCUAACCCCAUUUUAGGCUGUUGGGGCGGCUUAGUCAGAGGGUUGCGACUGGGCCACUCCAGGCCUCUCUUGUAAAUUGUCGUUCUGUGAUCUUGCUUGCACUUUUUUUUUUUCAUUUCCCAAAAAUAAGAAACUAAUUGUAAGUAUGUAUGUGUGUGAGUGCGGGUGCACUUUUUAUUUUUAAUCUUUACAUUUUUUCAACGUAAUUGUCUGUUGUAAACAACACUGGAUAAAGAUGAGUUUUUAAUUUGUAUUUUUUACCUUGAGAGGAAGAUGAAAUCUUCUUCUUGGACAUUUUUAACCCCGCUCCUCGCCCUUUCCUCGCUCUCUCUCUCUUUCUCUGUCUGGAACCUGGGAGUGCUUUGAAAUGUGGACUGUGACCGCAUUGCUGUCAUCACUGCAGUCAGUCAUUCUCUGUGAAUUCAUCCGACUUUCUCAAUUUACCCAGUUUUUUCUCUCUUCCCUCGACUCUUUUUUUCCAUUAAAAAGAUGAGAUUGAAAAAUGA